AUGGACAGUGAGCGCGCCCUACUGGGCCCGGUUUGGUCGAUCAAUUUUGCCAGUUCCCAAUUUACCGGGAUAGAAACAUGUAACGAGCUACAUCCACUAGAAAGGAGUCAAUUAAACUAUCCAGUUAAAGCGAAUGAACCAGCGUUGACGUUUGAAAAUGUGUCUGAUGGUCCUGAUGCAAUGGCUCGCGGUAUUUACGACGUAUAA